UAGUCUCUUACUGUUUGUGAAUUGUUUACAUCUCUAUGGCCAUGUAGGCUUUAGCUCUAUUUAUGCAUGCACUGUUUAUUUAUUACUUAACUGCAGAUUCAAGGGGCUCUGGUUCUUUCAUAUUUUUGUAUGAGCUCAAAUCCCCUGUGUGUUUGUGAGAGAGAGCUUUUGAUUUGCCACUUCUUGGUCACAUGACUGCACAUCCGCUCUGUGACUGUUGCUGUUUGGCAGCCAUGACAACGAAAGUUGGAUGAAUGGCCUCACAGAAGAAGACGCUUUCCUCCUCUAAAGUGCACCAAAAGUCUCUGAAAUGUACCGUAUACUUGGACAUUCAGACAGUCACAUGUCCAGGAGUUCUCCUGUAUAAAAAGAACAAGAUCUACCUCAGUGUGUGUAUCAUGGGGCAGUACAGGAAGACUCCCUGUGUGCCGCCUGUGUUCCCUUUACUCUUCCACCACAAAAUGGUAUUUGUCAAGACUUUCCCCGGCGUUGUUGACCCUGCUGAUGUAGCUGACCUCCUCGAAGCUGACACAACAUCUUUUGAGCUGAUUCAGUUGGUGCCUCCAGAGGGUGAGAUCCUAGCCACGAUGGAGGAAAGCAGCAGAGAUUUCCUGUACCCUGGUCCCAGACUGAGCUCCAGAGAAGGAGCUGCGGAGAGAGAGAUACUGCUGAAGAGAGCCUCCUCCUUUCCUGGAAUCUCCCCCAAAGUCGAGUUUGGCACGACAUCAGUCAUAGAAGAGAGUGAUGGGAGAGACAGCUGGCCGGCCUCACCUACUUGCCAUCUUUCUCCAGUGAAGCCAUCUUUAACAACCUCCAGACAGAGUUUGGCAAACACGUCUUCACCAUCCAGCAAGCACUUUUCCAAAACACAUGAUGCAAACUGUGUCUCUCUGAAAGGUGGGAAGGAAAAGCUAAAUGUUGCUAGAAUUAGAAACUCUGCUCCGUCCUCAACAUCCAGACGCUCCCCUUCUCCAUCCCCAUCUGGCCGCAGUAAACACACUUCUCCCAGAGUUUCUGUAAACUCCAGCUACCAGCAGCCCACAGUUUCCUCAGUGACACGAGCCAUGUCCCCUUACACCCAUCGCAAGAUGUGCCAGCUUUCAGAGGACGCCCGGCAGAGGCUCCGCCAUCUCCAGUUGGGGCCUCACCACUUCAGGAAGGAGAGUGAGAGCCAGCCUCCCUUUUUGGUCUCUGGUUGCAGUAACGUCUCUGGGAUGGGAACUCCUUCUUCCUCUCCACAGAAUCGCAGCAUACAUCGAAGGUCUGUGAGCUUCACAGCUGAUCAAACAGAUUCUUCUCUCCUGGGGAGCUACAGACCAAAAACAGCCAGAGUGAAGUCCUGUUCGCCGAGGCUCCAGUCAUCUCCAGAGACACAGUCCAGACUUGAAGGCCAGACCAAAAGCUCUGUGCGAAGUGCUGCCUUAGCUCAGUCCACCCUGACCGUGUCAAACUCCAGAAGUCCUCUGAAUGUCAAACAUUCCCUCAGAGAAAGGCUGCAGACCAGUCCAUCGUACUGGGAGGAGAUCCACAGCCGAGUCCAGAGGAUUCUGAAGACACACAAAACCAACUGGGACCACCAAUUGACCUUUGACCUUUAACUUGCCACUCUUUCCACAAGGUGACCAAACAACUGAGGUUACAAUACAAAGACACUUCACUUUAAUAAUGUAUAUUCUCAAAGUUGACUUUAACCUGCCUUAUAUCUGUAAGAGUGGUUGUACACACCAACAGUUUAUUAACCCAGUGAGUCGGAUCCUCUCUCUCACACACACACACACACACACACACACACACACACACGUAUCUUAAUUUAUCUCCCUUUGAUGUUCAUUUAAAUUUCAAACCAUCCCAAGCACCUGCUAAGCGGCGUUUGUCGUCAUUACUCUUUGAAAAGGCAGGAUAUUUGCAGGGGUUACUGGGAAGCUGUGCAUAGCAGUACUGCCUCCCUCCCACCCAUCAGCUGGCCUGUUUUUUUAUUUUUUUUUUGGGUGAAACCAAGCGGCGAUGUCGUCUAAUUUGUCUAAAGCUGUGUGUGAAAUUGGCUCGGGUAUAAAGAAGUAGCAUUUUGUGUGUCUAUGGGAAGGAGACAUGGUGGAUGUAAGCUGCAGCUGUUAAGGGCUCAUCUCUCACAACACAAAAGAGAGACAAGAAGGUAGCCAAGAGCCACCGUUGGGAGCCAGCAGCUACAAGAGAUUUAAGAGAGAGGAGGAACAAAAGUAAUCCUGAAUGAAAGAGCAGGAGACACAAAGAAGUGUAGCCUUAACAUAAAUUAAGACGGUUGUGCAGAUUCAUAGUGUUAUACUAGAAUGUCUUAAACAUUGAGAGGUUACCUGCUCUCUGUAAUUUAAAUUUCAUUCAACCACAGGAGCUGAGUUACAGCUUUUAUCAGUGCUAAUAAAAUGAAAUGCAGCUGUGUUAAGCACUCUUUCCACAGCUAUACUUACAGAUUCAUUUCAUUCUCAAAGAUACUAAACUGUAUUUUAUUUUACACGAGGGAAUAGGUAAUACAGUGAAUGAUCCCAUAUUGUAGUUUUUGUUCAAUGCAGUGGAUACACUAACUAAUGCAGGAUCUGAUUAAUGGUUAAACUAAAUCUCUUUAGUUCGCCUCUCUUUGACUCAUGUUGACCAUCUCUACUCAGAGUCAGUGGAGAAAUGUCCAACAGCCGGACAGAUUGUGCGUCUUACUUAAAAAGAUGACAAGUUACAGUGUAAAAUGUUUUUCUCACAUAAAUUCAAACUACUCUUCACAGCUCUACUCUACUUCUGACAGUAAAAUAUGUCUGGAGAUACAUUUAUUUAAUUUUAAAUGUUUAAAUGUUCUGAAAACAUAAUUUAAACUUCCACAAGCUCAGUUUGCUUUUUCAGGUUAAGGUAGCACAAUGUUAAUUUGAAAAUUCAUAUACAAACCCAUUUAAAAAUCUAUUCCAUUUUAAAUAUUAUAGUAUUAUAAUUCAAUUCAAUUCAAUUUUUAUAUAUAUAUAUAUAUAUAUAGCAAACUAUGUAUAAAUUGAGUUUGCCUUUAAAUUUUAAUAUUAGCAGUAGUGAUCAAACACUGUUACGACUUGAUAGUCUUGUUUUAUUCUGGUUCUCCCUCAGUUGUGUGCUUUUUUUUUUUUUCCAGAAUUACCAAAAAGUUUUUUUAAAAUGUAGUUAGUGUGUUGUAAACUCAGCAUUUGAUUGACUGUAUGCAACAGACUGUAAAAACAGUAGUUUUUGUUUUGGUCAUAAAUGUAUUUUCAGAAUAUGAGUAUAGUAUCAUUUAGAAGAACCUUCACAAACAUCGGUGCCAGUCAAAACAAAGUGUUUUAAUGUUCAUUUGAUGCAUGUAUUUAAAGAAUGACUAUGAUUACAUUGCAGCAAAACAUUUGGAAAAUACACGUCCAUUUGAUUAAAAAUCAAUGUUUGUUUCAGUUGUAAAUAUAAGCAUGUACAAACAUCUUCUGGUAACUCUACUCUACUUUUACUAUCUUGUAUCAUCUUUUUUUUUUAAUACAGUCAGCUUCUUCAUGUGUAUACACGUAAAACAAUAAAGUUUUAUGUAGUCAUGUUUAAGUCCCAAAAUAUGAUUUAUUCUCCAAUCUUCAACAACAACAACCCACCUUCUGUUGAAGAAGUGGAGAUAAUAGUUAUCUGUGUAAAGCCUUUCAGAGUCAGUGCUCCUCAUGUCAAGUCUUCAGAUUUAUUUCUUAUGGAAUUUAUUCUUCUUCUUGUUGUUCCUCUUUCCGGCUCCUUGUGCUGCUUUCUCCGUCACAAUGUGCUGGAACUUCUUUUUAUUGUUGCUGGUAAAAGAAGAGAAAAGUAAUUUUAUAACCAAUUAUUUUUCCAAAGUUGAUGCACAUAGAUUUUGGGAUCUGCAAAGAUAUUUUGUAAUGUGUCUUCAAAUGUGGUUGUUUAAAAUAUUCUAUUUCAGUAGUGCUGUACAUUGUUUCCUGCAGCACAUAACAAAUACAAUUAGCUGCCUUAGCAGAGGAAAACCUCUCUAGAGGAGCCUUGCAAAAGUGCCAGACACCAUUACAUACAGGUUUAUUCUAUCAUCUCUUUAAAAUGAAGCACACCAGUAAUGAAAUAUAUCUAGACACUAGGUACACCUCCUGACAAUAUCUUGCCCACACCUUGAAUACAGAACUAGAGCAUGUUUUCUUUUUGUUACUUUUCUUAUAUAACAACAUUAUGCAGGGUUGGCAAAGCCUCCUGUGGUGUUACAUUGUAUCCUGUGGCCCAUCUGAUUCGGUAAACUGAUGAGAAAUUAGCUGUUUUGCCAGAAAUAUGACAGCAGACACUGGUGCCCAGUAUAUAUUUGUCUGUACAUCACUAACGUAGUUCAUAGUUGAACCACUAGUGUCACCAGAUCUGACGGGUCACUGCUUUCAGUAACUAAUAAAAGAUACGCAAAGAAUCUA